GGUAAAAAGAAAAAGAAGUCUAAGGUGGUUAAAGACCGCAAGAAGAAAGAAGAGCAAGAAAAAAGAGCCCUAGAAGAAGAACAAGCUAAAAUACAGGCCAGUGCAGAUGCCAAGCUGCAGAAGAUACGGGAAGCAGAAGAAAGAAUCAUCAGGGCAAAACAGGAAAAUGAGGAGAAAAAAAAAAUACGAAAAGUUGAAAUGGCAGAAUUAGGUGAGAUAUUGGAAAGAAACAGAAACAUGCUUAAAGCUUUGAAUCAGUCUCGAAGACUUCAAGCGAAGUGGGCAAGAUACAUGAGGUGUGAUGGAUCCCCUGACCCAAUUAACCAAAGGGAAAUAAACACAUACAUCAACCUACGGCUUGAAGACGACAGCCACAAUGAUGCCGAGAAUGUUCUUAAGGACAGUCAUUUGGAUUUAAUGCUGAUAGAAGAGCUACAAUUUAUUUUGAUGGACACACCUUUAGAUGAGCUUCCAGAGAAAGAAAGAAUGCUGUGUAAGGAGACCAUUGAAAAGCUUGAGAAUCUGAUAAGCAUCAAGUUGGCCCUGGUCACAUUCCAACUGUUGUGUGAUAAUACGCCUGUUGCAAACAGUGAAUCUGGAAAUCUUCAGCAUGCAGUGACAAAUGAUGAAAUAGCUUUGUGUAUUUGGGGCAACAUUGUCAAGAAUCCAAGAAUAAAGUCCAUUGAGUUUCCGGAAGUUCAUUUCACAUGUGAGAUCCCAAGAAUGUUAACACUGAGCGACUGUGCUGUCCGUGUUUUAUACACAAAGUAUGACCACUACUCAUCUAAAAGCACAGCAGGCAUUCCUCGUGUCAAGCAGAGGGAGGAAG